GUGGUUUCCCGCAGGUUUCCGUGUUGACAGAGAUGUGAUCGGUGUGUGUGUUCGGGGGUUCAGAGGAGGAUGUUGUUCGGUCAUGGCUUUUUUAAAGAGCAGAGAGCGGACCAAAGAGAGGUUUUCCCUCCUGUUGUUGGAUCUGGAGGAGUAUUACUUUGAGCAGCACACUGCGUACCAUGUGGCAACCCCUUCAAAAAAGGACAGAAAAGUCAGAGGCUCGUUGAAAGUCUGUUCCAGGUCGGUCAUAUUUGAUCCUGAUGAUCAUGCAGAGCCCAUUUUAAAGAUCCCUCUCAGAGACUGUAAGCAGAUCGAGUUUGUGGAGAGAGAGAACAACCCGUUCAAUGAUCCUCGCCCAUCUGCUAUCUGUAUUUCAUGUACCCAGGUGAUUUACAUCAAAGAGAGCAACGUGAUCGCUUCGUACAGAAAUGAGAGGGGGGAGAGGAAAGUCACCUUUCGAUUGGAGGUCUGCAGUAAAACAGAGGACGUGGUACAAACGUUACUGCAGCUCCACAGAGCGUCUCGUCUGGACAAACUGGGAGACCAGACCGCCAUGAUCGCAGCUAAUCUACAGUCCCGCCUGGCGAGGACGUCGUUUGAUAAAAACUGUUUUCAGAGUGUAGCGGAGAAGCCUCACAUGGAGUGUGCGGUGGAGAUGGUCACCCCUCUGGUGUCUAACCCGGGUCACGUCUGCAUCACAGACCAGAGCCUUUACUUCCAACCGCUCAACGGAUACCCGGAGCAGGCGAUUCAAAUCAAACUGCACAAAGUGAGAAGAAUCUACAAAAGACGACAUGGACUUAGACCUCUGGGUCUGGAGGUUUUCUGCACUGAGAAUGAUUUCUGCUCCGACAUCUACUUGAAGUUUUACAACACUGCUGACAGAGACGAGAUCUACUACUACAUCGCCACGUUUCUGGAGAACCACAUGACGGAGCACACGGCAGAAAGCUACAUGCUGCAGUGGCAGCGGGGUCACCUGAGUAACUAUCAGUACCUGCUGCAUCUGAACAACCUUGCGGACCGCAGCUGUAACGACCUGUCCCAGUACCCUGUCUUCCCCUGGGUCCUCAACGACUACAGCAGCCCCCAGCUGGACCUCACUAACAUCGACACAUUCAGAGACCUGAGCAAACCUGUGGGAGCUCUGAACAAAGAGAGACUCGACAGACUGCUGGCUCGCUACAGAGGCAUGCCCGACCCCGCCUUCAUGUACGGCAGUCACUACUCUUCUCCAGGAUACGUCCUGUUUUACCUGGUCAGAGUCGCUCCUGAGCACAUGCUGUGUCUGCAGAACGGACGCUAUGACCACGCGGACCGCAUGUUCAACAGCGUUGGUGAAACCUGGAAAAACUGCUUAGAAGGGGCCACAGACUUCAAAGAGCUGAUUCCUGAGUUUUACGGGAACGACUCAAGCUUUCUGGAAAACAAACUGAGUCUGGAUCUGGGCAGGAGACAGAACGGAAAAUCUGUCUGUAAUGUGGCUCUCCCUCCGUGGGCCUCAGACAGCAGUGAUUUCCUGCAGAAGCACCGGACAGCUCUGGAGAGUCAGUUUGUGUCUGAACAUCUUCACGAGUGGAUCGACCUUGUGUUCGGGUUUAGGCAGAGAGGGAGCGAAGCUGUUGCUGCUCAUAACGUGUUUCACCCGCUGACGUACGAGGGAGGCAUUGACUGUGACAGCAUCAAGGACCCGGACCAGCGGAUCGCCAUGCUGACUCAGAUCCUGGAGUUUGGUCAGACCCCGACACAGCUGUUCACCAGUCCCCACCCUCAGAGGAUCACGCCCCGCUUCCAUAACAUGACCCGCAGCCCGAGCAAUACCUCACCUCUGAGUGAGCUGUCCCCAGCGUCUAACAGCGAGGACUCAUCCUUCGAAGAUCUGACCGAGGAGAGCAGGAGGCUGGUCUGGACGAACAUGGGAAACCUCACGCUGGUCUGCAGCCACAAGAUCCAUAAAGAGUCUGUGACGGGCAUCGCUGUGAGUCGAGAUGGAUCAGCCAUUUUCUCCACAUCACAAGACUCGAAUCUGAAAAUGUUUUCCAGAGAGCUGAAGGAUUUCCAGAGGAGCGUCUCCUUCUCUAACAUGGCUCUCUCCUCAUGUUUGAUGCUGGCAGACAGUAAAACGGUGGUGUGUUCCUCCUGGGACAACAAUGUUUAUUUCUACUCGGUCCCAUUCGGCCGGAGACAGGACACUCUGAUGGGUCACGAUGACGCCGUCAGUCAAGUGUGCUGGUUUGAUGAGCGGCUCUACACGGCAUCCUGGGAUUCAACUGUAAAGGUGUGGCAGUGUCCUGCUGACAGCUCGUCCACCCACAAGAGAUCCCAGUUUAACUUACUGGCCGAGCUGGAGCACGAUGCAGGGGUGAACACUAUCUCUCUGAGCGCAGCAGGGACUCUGCUCGUCUCUGGCUGCAAAGAUGGGACCGUCACCAUCUGGGACACCAGCAGCAACACCACACUUCAGCAGGUCAACUGUCACUCAGGAACCAUCCACCACGUGGCCUUCAGCCCUGACAGUCGCCAUGUCCUGAGUGUCGGAGCAGACUGCUGCAUGAAGGUGAUCGACGUUCAGACGGGGAUGGUGAUCUCAUCUGUGAGAGCUGAGGAGGAGCAGAGGUGUUUUUGCUGGGAUGGCAGCUUGGUGCUGGCUGGGAGUCAGUCUGGAGCUCUGCUGCUGUGGGAUCUGCUCAGUAACACCAUCAUCAAGAGGAUCCCUGCUCACUCAGGUGCAGUGACGGCCAUGUGGAUGAACGAGCUGUGCGGCUCAGUGAUCACAGGAGGAGAGGACAGACAGACCAUAUUCUGGAAGAUCUGCAGCUAAAGACUGUUUCUGCUGGGAGAGAGAGACUCCCAGUCUAACAUAGUCAAACAUAUUCUGGAUUAUACUGAAACAUACUGGAUUAUACUGAAACAUACUGGAUUAUACCAGCCAAGUAUCCUGCAGACUGCGGACCGAUGGGUUGUACAGCACCACGGAGCGGCUGCAGGUCCAUAGAGACUGUAAUGUCUUUAAGCUGUUACUUUAAAGGUCACCUGCAGAUGCAGUUUAAAUCAUGAGAGCGGGAAGCUCCAUCAGUGUUCUGACUUUAUCUCUCUUUUUGUUUGCAGCUUCUUUGUGUGCAUUAAUCAUGUAUUAUUAUGUUAUAUAUCAUGUAGCACUGCUUUUUUUAAAUAAGCCAAUAUGUUAAAGCUUUAUGUGUAUUUUAUUCUGUCAGCCGUUAUCAUCGCCAAAUAAUACUGAACUCUAAAAGAAAGCUGCCCCUGCUCGUCUUUAUUUACAUUUCUUUAGAUGGAGCUCGUGAAGCUGAGCAGCAUCCAGUGAGAGAUCAAUGAGUGAUCCCACCUCAGAGGCUGAUCAUGAGUUCUAAUGCAUGGAGAAAGCUCAGAGUUGUGACAUUAAGUGACCACACUACAAAAAAUGGUUUAGUUACAAGAAGUGUUAAACAAUUUUACACAGAUAUUUUAAAGAUACUCAGUUGAGAAAUAUUAAAUCAGGGAUAUUUCAGAAGCACAAGGUCUGUUAUUAUAUUGGGAUCUCUGAGGGACCAAUGCAAAUGCCUACCAGACCAUAUACGGAGGAUAUGUGGUGCUGAGAGAUCAGAUCUCAGGACGCACAAAGGUGUGUUCACACACCUGAAGUUAAGUCCGGCCUCACAGGAGCGAUGUUGAUACCACAUAAAAAGCCUCUUUGAGAUCA